GAUCCUGAUUAAGGCCGUCGUUCCGCUCCAGCCUUACCCUUGACAGACUAUCAUACGACCUUGCCCUUCCAGCAACCUUAAAUCAGAUCUUUCUCCUUCUUUCCAACAACCUCCUCCUCAUGGCGCCUCUGACGAAACUGUUGUCGCUCGCGCUGCUGGCCGCCUCGUCGGCCACCGCCAUUCAAACAAGCCUCGGCGUGAACAAGACUCCCGGCAAAGUCAGACGCGAGAUCGAGGCUCGCAAGCAAGCUUCUCACUUGUCUCGUCGCGAGGAUACCGAUCCGACAUUGCUCUAUCAAGAACACAACAUUUCCGUGCCCAUCGACCACUUCUUCAACGAUAGCAGAUACGAGCCUCACACCGAUGAAUCCUUUCCACUUCGCUACUGGUUCGAUGCGUCUCACUAUCAGCCUGGAGGCCCAGUCUUCGUGUUGCAGAGCGGAGAGUUCGACAGCGUGGCCAGGCUACCGUUCAUGCAGAAAGGCAUCGUUGCGCAAGUUGCAGCGGCUACGCAUGGUAUUGGAGUGGUUCUGGAGCAUCGAUACUAUGGCACCUCUUUCCCCGUCGCGAACUUGACGAACGAGAGUCUUCGGUUCUUGACGACGGAGCAGGCUCUGGCAGACGCUGCUUUCUUUGCUCAACAUAUCCAGUUUCCUGGCUUGGAAGAAUUCGGCGACCUGACCAGUAAUACUACCGCAUGGAUCACAUAUGGUGGAUCGUACGCUGGUGCGUUUAGUGCUUUUCUGCGAAUACAGUACCCUGAUAUCUUCUGGGGCGCAAUCUCCAGCUCUGGUGUCACCAAAGCAAUCUACGACUACUGGGAGUACAUGGAGCCGAUCGCAGAGUACGCUCCUCAGGAUUGCGUAGCGACUCACAAAGCUGUGUUCGACAUCGUAGACACCAUCUUGAUCUCCAAAAAUGACAGCUCGCUCUCUCUCGAGCUGAAGACUGCAUUCGGCUACCCCAACAUCACCUACGACGACGACUUUGCUGGAGCCUUGAUCUCUGGUCUUCAAUACUGGCAGAGUCUCAAUUGGGACCCCGAAAUGAGCUACAAUUACACCUUCGAGUAUUGCUCCAACAUCACGACUACUGAUGUGCUCUAUCCGGAAACGGAAAGCAAACGAACUGCCAUCGAAGGUCUCAUCUCCGAGGGAGGCUAUCAAGCCAACACAACGUUCGUAAACAAUAUCCUGAACAUGAUUGGCUGGUUGAAGUGGGAUUCCGACGCCAAUCAAUGCUCGGAGGGCGUGACCCAGGAUGAAUGCUACGGCACGCACUAUUCGACACCCAUUGAUACUACACUCGCAAACGCUGAUUACCUUACAUGGCAAUGGCAGACUUGCACAGAGUGGGGCUUUUUCUUCACGGCCAACGUGCCUAAAGGCGAGCUGCCUAUAAUCAGUCGCUUCGAUACUCUGGAGAGAGCCACCAGGGAAUGUCGUGAGCAGUUCAACAUUACGGGCCCACCAGAUGUGGAGCGAGUCAACAAGUAUGGCGGGUACGACAUUGCAUACCCACGGCUGGGGUUCAUUGCUGGGCAAUGGGAUCCCUGGACACCAGCCACACCACACGCCUUCAAGUACGGAGCCAAGAACCGCACAAGCACAGUCUCGCAGCCGUUCAUCGAGAUCGAGGCCGCCGUUCACCAUUGGGAUGAGAACGGGGUGUUUCCCAACGAGACGACGGCCGAUUUCCCACCACGAGCUGUCCAAGAUGCACAGGCUCGUGAGGUAGAAACGGUACUGGAGUGGAUGUCGGAAUGGAAGGCGCGGUGCGAGGGUGAGAGUGGUGGAUCGUGA